UGACAAACCCUCUCCUCGCUGUACUGCUAAGGUUCCGCCAAGAACCCAUUGCGAUGAUGGCAGACAUAGAGGGGAUGUUUCAUCAAGUCCGUGUCCAUGAGGAUGACCGAGACCUGUUAAGGUUCUUGUGGUGGCCAGACGGCGACACGUCAAAGAGACUUGAGGAGUAUCGGAUGACUGUCCACCUAUUCGGAGCGAUAUCCUCUCCAACAUGUGCCAACUUCGCAGUGCGCAAGACCGCAGAUGACCAUGGUCAUGGCUAUGCUGAAGAGGUGAGCAAGACCAUCAAAAGCAACUUUUACGUCGAUGACUGUCUUAAGUCUGUGGCAACAGAAGACCAGGCCAUUACCCUCUGCAAGGACCUCCGAGACAUCUGCUCUCAGGGUGGAUUCAAGCUCACAAAGUGGAUUUGCAACAGCCGCUCUGUGCUUGCUUCUAUUCCUGAUGAGUACAAGGCGAAGCAGAUCAAAGAAUUGGACCUGGACAGAGAGAAGCUGCCACUAGAGAGAGCUCUUGGAGUUCAAUGGAACAUCGAACAAGACACUUUCAUUUUCCGUGUGGCUCUCCAGGACAGACCCCUGACCCGUCGGGGUAUCCUAUCAGUCGUCAGCUCUAUUUAUGAUCCCUUAGGAUUCCUGGCACCAUUCAUCCUAAAAGCAAAGCAGAUUCUUCAAGACCUCUCUCUAUACAGCACCACCACCACCAGCUCCAAGUCCACCUCCCACCCACCACCCACCACCCAGCCACCCACCCAACCAGCCAGCCCCGACCCCACGGCCCCCACCACCGGCCGGGUCUUCACACAUCCGCCCUCCCCCUUCACCACCAACCGCAUCUGA